GCCCUUCCACAAGGGGCAGAGGACGACGACGAGACAACGAUGCCGUCGCGUUCGCCGCGGCGGCCGGCCCCCCUCCCGAGCGCCAGCAGCACCAGGCGGAGGGGCGCCGGCGAGCCCCCUCCCGGUCUCUUCCCCACCAGGGAGGACCUCCUCCGCCUGCUCGCCGUCCUCACCAUAGCCGCCGCAGCCGCAGCGGUCUGCAGCCGGCUCAACCGCCGCCCGGAGCCCUUCUGCGACUCCCUCCGAGCGCCCGAUGAGUAUGACUACGCCGACGAUUCGUGUCAACCUUGCCCCCAGAACGGCCGGUGUGUGGGCGGUCAGCUGGAGUGCGUCCAGGGAUUCAAGAGAUACGGCGCAUCGUGCGUAGAGGAUGGACUCCUCAGCCAAACAGCUACCAAGAUUUCAGAGUUGCUGCACCUGAGGAUCUGCGAUCAGCAUGCUCGUGCUUUGUGCGGCCAGCCCACCAAAAUCUUGGUCUAUUUCACAACGCGAUUCUCUUCAAUUUACUACUGCUACAUGCAUAUUUCUUCUCUGCUACAUAACCCUUUAUUUCCUCAAUUCCAGUUUCACAAGCAUGACGUCUCAGAUAUAAUUGAUGAGCUCUUCUCAAAGAAUCCUGCUGGCUUAACCGAGGAUGGCAUUCAACUUGUGAAAGCUAGGGUGCUGGAGAGUGCUCAGGGAUUUUUCGAGACAACAUUUACUUCCAACAAAGCUGAAGCAUUUAAAUGCCCUGAGCUGGUCGCUGAGCGUCAUAUGCCCCUGACUUGUCAAAUUCGUCAAUGGAUCUCUAGAAAUGUGAUCUUUGUGACAACCAUUUGUAUCCUGUUUGCAGCACUGCUCUGGAUACUGUGGAUCAUUUACUGGAGACGUGCAUUAUCUAAUAGAGCUGAGCAAAUAUAUGAGCAGGUGUGUGAAAUCCUUGAAGAUAAUGCCAUAAAUGCGAAGACUUCCUACUCCAAUUGUGAACCUUGGGUGGUUGCCUCUUGGCUGAGAGAUCAUCUGCUGGUUCCUCGAGAGAGAAAGAAUGCUUUCUUGUGGAAGAAGGUUGAAGAACUGAUACUAGAAGAUUCUCGCAUCGAUCAAUAUCCAAAGGUGAUUAAGGGGGAGUCAAAAGUUGUUUAUGAGUGGCAAGCUACUGGAUCACUUAGUGGAAAGAUUAAAAAGAAGGUGCAAGGCGCAAGAGUGGAAGCCAUAAAACUUGCGGACGAAAUGAGUGCCUGCGUGGGUGAGGUGAGGGAGCAGGGCCUAAUUACCUAGGUUGAUUCAAUUCAUAUGCGCAUGCUGUUAUUGCAAGCACAACACGAAUAGAUAGCUCAACUAACAAGUAAGAUUGGGAAGAUUGCACCUGUGGAUUAUUAAUUAUGCAUACUAAAAUUUAUGCAUCUAGAAAAGCUAAAACGACC